GUUUAUUUAGACAGAGACGUGUAUUUAUAUACGCCUUCAGCUUUAAUAUAAGUUCAUGAUUCGAAGCCAUCCAAACGAAAGCUACUUUACUAGAACAGAAUCGAGCAGAGCUUACAGGCAUAAACACCCAGAGCAUGGCUACCAGUCUAUACAUUACGGCUCUGCUUUUGACGGCGGCGCUCUCCGCCGUCUCCUCCUGCCCGCCGUCAGAUAAGGCGGCGCUGCUGGCCUUGAAGAAUGGUCUGAAAGAGGUUAACUUGGGCAUAUUUAACACCUGGAAAGGUGAAGAAUGCUGCAAAGGGUGGUACGGAGUGAGUUGUGACCCGUCGACUCACCGAGUUGCUGACAUCAGCCUGCGAGGCGAAUCGGAAGACCCGAUUUUGGCGAACCAGACCGGGCACAUGACCGGUUCAAUCUCCCCGGCGAUUUGCAAGCUCGAGUGGCUCUCCAGCCUGAUCAUCGCCGAUUGGAAGGAGAUUUCCGGGCCCAUCCCGGAGUGUAUAACUUCGUUGAGCUAUCUCCGAAUCAUCGACGUCAUCGGGAACCGGCUCACCGGUCGGCUCCCGGCCGAUAUAGGCCGGUUGAGCCGGCUCACGGUGCUGAACGUGGCUGAUAACGCCCUCAACGGGCGGAUUCCGCGGUCAAUCGCGAAUCUCACUUCCCUGAAGCAUUUAGAUCUCCGGAACAAUCGAUUCUCCGGCGGGAUUCCGAGGACGUUCGGGCGGUUGAGAAUGCUGAGCCGGGCUUUGCUGAGCGGGAACCGGUUCAUCGGCCCAAUCCCGAACUCUGUUUCCUUCAUCUACCGGCUGGCUGAUUUGGACCUCUCCCUGAACCAGCUCUCCGGCCCAAUCCCGGAUUCGCUCGGGAAAAUGCCGGUUCUGGCCACAUUGAACCUCGACGGGAACAGAUUCUCCGGCAGUAUUCCGCCGUCGCUGCUGAGCUCGGACAUCAGCAUACUGAACCUGAGCCGGAACGCAAUCGGCGGGCACAUUCCGGACGCUUUUGCGGCGAAAUCGUACUUUAUGGUGAUGGAUUUGUCGUACAACAACAUAAGUGGGAACAUUCCGAGUUCGAUCAAAUCGGCGUCGUUUAUCGGGCACUUCGACGUCAGCCACAACCACCUGUGCGGCCAGAUUCCGAACGGGCCGCCGUUCGAUAACCUGGAAGCUUCGUCUUUUGAUUUCAACGAUUGCCUUUGCGGGAUGCCGCUUAGAGCCUGUAAAUCGUAACAAUUAUUAGCUUAGUACGUGUUUAUUGUUUGUUAUUGUAUUGAUAUUCAAGUUCGUUAUGAUAAUAUGCAUGUUUAAUUCAACUUUUUUGAGUAAGCUGUGAGGUUGACUUGAUAAGUUGAUUUACCUUUGUGUUCUUUAUUUUGUUAUUACUUGUGAUGAGUAACGUACUCGAUUUCAUGGGAGAGAGUAUACCAUUUAAAAUUGGAUUGGUAAUUAUGAGAGUACUUGAAUCUCUU